AUGACGGAUGAUGAGGAAGAUCAAAAGCAGUACAAACUCCUUCAUGAUGAGGUUAUGCAUCAAUAUCGUCGAUGUCGAUAUCUGGAACGCGACGAAAAAGAUGCUCGGGAAACCUGCGACGAAUUCCUCUCGGUUAGUACCUGUUAUACUUUUGGCGCUCGUCGACAGAUAUGACCUGGACAAACGGGUAAUUUCUCAUUACAGAUUAAAAUUGAAAUGUGCAAAAACCUUAAAAAAACUUCUUUUUCAUCGAGAAAGGCAAAAAUGUUUCAAAUGUGAUUAUUUUUUCUAAUGAAACCAAAAAAAGCCCCGGGCAGUGAUCAAGAAGAACUUUCUAACAGAAAUCAUUGAUGUUCUUCAUUACAGAGGCUCGGCGUUACACCGGAGGAUUUCACCGAUUUGCGCCACCAGAUCGGUGACUUGGCCCUGAAAAAAGAAAUAGCCUCGAAAAUCAUCAAAAAAGAAGUAAUAAUUGGCUUUUGUAAAAAAUAUCUUUGAGGGUUUUCUUUCAAAUGUGUACGUCACCAAAAUCUCGACUAGUUUUCGAAAAAGUCUUAACUUCAAAGGAAAAAAAGAAGAUUUUCGUGUAAAGAUGUGCGUCGUUUAUUGCCAUCAUCAGUUUUGCCUGGAACUUUUUUUAGCACCAAAGGUCAUCAUAUCAUUUUUUUAUGAAAUUUUUUUCAUUUGAGAAGAAACUUUUUGCUUUGUUUUUUUGAUCGAACGGGAACUUUCCCUCCAAAAAUUAUUUUCAAAAACUCCAUUUUUUUCAGGAAACCCUAACCGAGAAGAAAGCAAGUCUUCUGAGUAGCCUGAAGUUUUCGUGGAAAUAUAUCGACGAAUGCCUCAUGGCCAUAAGAAGUGCGAAUGAGCGCCUUCGAAAUCUUCCAGACGACGAUAAGGAAAAAGAAGGGGUUGAAAUUCGACGUGACUCGUGGAUGAGAUAUAUGAAAGCUGUGGCAAAUGAACUUUUCGAGAUCCAGAUCGAAGCCGAUACACUCUACACUCAGAAUGAAAUCGCGCUUGUAAGUUCAUCAUACAGUCUUUUUUUCAAAAAAAGAAUUCCGGGCAGGGCUUUUUUGCAGGAUGACGAAUACCGUCAAAUAAGAGAGAAGACCUCGUCGUUCGCGGAGACUUUCGUUGUGGCAUUCGGAAAAGAUCCGAAAACCGGGACCGAAGAGGGCCAGUCACAGCCCCAGAAUCUUACCGUUGGUGGUGCAAAGGUAGAAGAGACGAGAAGAGCUCAGUGGAAAUCAUCGGGCGCCCAGGUCAACUGAACUGGGCGUCCGAAACUUCAAAAAGUAUUCGUGCUCCAAAAAGUAAGAUGAUUUUUAGUUGGAGAUUCAAGGAUUUUUUUCUACAUCAAAAAUUUGGUAUCUCUACGAAAAUUUUUUUAAAAGCUUCUUUCUUGAAAUUAUUGUAUAGUCUCUCAGAACUAGUUUUCAAGUCCAAUCCGAUUAUUCUCAAAUGACAGGCCUGGUUCAACUUCAUUCGAAAGCGGAAUAAAAAAGAAGUGUUUUUUUUUCAGUUGACUCUCGAAAUGGAGGAGCAAAAUUUGUUUGCAAAGUUGGCGAGUUAUACCCAGCAACACCAUGGCGAGGAGCUGAGAACUGUUUGUGAAACACCGCAAAACCGCAAAAGCGAUCCAAAUGAACUUCGUAAAUUCGCGAUCAUGAACAACUGGCUGAACAACAUGUCGGACCACACCAACGCAAACCAAAGCGAUUUUGCAUCUUCCAGUAUCUUCCCGGUUAGUUUUGUUUUUAACCUUCACAAAAACGAUUUUCCCGUUGAUUAACUGUAUUACAGAACGCUGAAAACCAAGACCAGGCUUGGUCUUCCUGGCAAGUAGACAAUUGCCUGCUGGAUCAACUGAAAUUUGAAGAGGAAUUCGGUAUUGAUCUGUCAGAGCAGUUCAUCGACGAUGAGAUCGAUGAUAAGGAGAAUAUUGAGGUAGAGUAAAUCAUCUUAUUUCAACUUUUUGCGAUGACCACAAAAAACGUGUUUGAUGAGAGAAAAGCUCAAGGUUUGGGAUAAAAUGAAUAUUUUCAGACGGAGUUCAUCUUGAGCGAUGUUUCCGAAGAAGAAGAAGACUAUCUGGAGGAAGAGACCCAGGCUGAGGAUCAUUCGAUGGACGAGGAUGACAUGGAGGUAAAUCCAAAAAAGAAGAAAAUUUUUAAGGCUUUCUUAAUGAAAAGAAAAGUAUCAAAGGACCUGUUCAAAAACCGUGUUUCCUGAAAUCGAAUGGGUUUUCACAACUAUUUUUUACGGGUUAAAAAUUACUGUGCUACUUUUGUGACCAGGUCUAUAAGACUUCAGAAAUUCUCCUAAAGAUUCAAAUUCAAUUUUUGCAGAUUGACUUGAGCCAUAACGAGAUCCUGAAGUUCAUCGUCGGCGCCGAACACGACGGUUGCAAGGAUGUGGAGCCAUAAGUCUCCUGCAGCUUCUUGUCGCUCACGCUUCUCAGUUCUUCCAAACAUCUCAAACUGUUAAUUUCUUUCUGCACCACGGCUGUCAAAGCCAAACUGUUGAUUUUUUUUUCUUUUCUCUUCCACUUACGCAUUUUUGAAGCCUUUUUUUGCCCUGGUUGACUUUUCUUUUUCAAAUUACAAGGCCAGUUCCAAGUUUUGUUCAGUUUCCCCAUUUACCAUUUUGAAAAAAAUUUUUAGUGUUUCUAAUUUUUUUGAAUAUUUUUCCAAACAAUGUUCCUUGAUGUCUUCCGGCUAUUGUUGGUUUUUCGAAUAAUUUCCGCUGUAUUUUUUUUUUUUGUUUUUUUUAUCACAUUUCCUGCUAACUUAGGUUUUUUUCUUCAAUUCUACAAUGAAAACUCAGAUUUUUUAAGAUAAAGGGCAUUUGGCUUGACUUGGAAACAUUACAACUUGCUGGUAUUCGUCCCGUGCUUGCUUUCGUCAUGUCACUCGGUUCUGCCUUACAAUUUUUCUCUUGCUUCACAUUUAUGUUUCGCUUUGCCCCAUCGUUCAAAUCAGCUCCCGAUUUUUUAAACGUUUUUCAAAGCUGAAAUUUUUUCUGAAAAUAAUAUUAUUGUUGUUUCUUUUUCCUUUGCAAUGUCAAUGUCACUAAACAAUGUCAAUAAAGCACUCGCACUUUUUUCAAGUCUAAAAAUCAAGCAUCAUAACACUUAUCAGUUCAUGAAGUUCUUUCACAAUACAAAAUAGUUAAAAAAAAGAGCAGACAACAUUUUGAAAACUGUUUCUGAGGCUUCGGGGAAAUGGUUCGGAUAAAUUCCAAGCUGUUGGUCAACAUUUUUUCAUGCAGUUGCGUCGAAAUUUUUUCACCAAUUUGCUCUUGCUUUCGAAUGAUAUGGAUACACGGAAAGUGCCUUGAACUUUAUCCAAACGGAUUGAGGUGCAGGGAAAAUUUUUUAUCAGUUUUGAAACUUUUCUCCUACCUUCUUUUAUGAGAAAAAAGGAAAUUUCGAAUAGUCUGUUCCAAAAUUCCCUCUCAAGUUGUUGAUGUGGUAUGCAAUGGAGAACCUUAAAAUUGUUUUUCUGAAGCCGUUUUUUCAUUAAUAAAAUUUUGAACAGUUCUGAGUGCAGUUUUUUUUUGUAUGAAGCCGUUCCCAAAACAAUGUGAUCUGUCGCAAUAUGAAGGGAAAAAUUAAAGACUGAUUUUCAGAUUUCAACCGUUAGGCAAAGCUGAAAGCCCUCGAUUUCGUAUAAGGGACGGACGGAAACCUUCUUGUCUGCACUGAAUAUCUGAAACAUUGAAACUCUCAAAACUGACUUUUGAAAGAACCUAAAAAGUUUUCAAAAGUACAUAAAGAACAUCAAGUUUCUGCAUCAAUAGAAAAAGUUGAAAAAUAAUCUUUCAAUGAAAAUAGGGUAAUUCUUAAGGUCGAGCACUGUUCGAUUUUUGGUUCUGACGCUCCACAAACGCGAAAACAUUCCAUUUCUGCUCCUCUAACAAAAAAACAAUUGAAUUUUUGAAUGUUUCUCGUUUUUUUUUAUCCUUGUUCUUGAUUAUGCAAUUGAAAGUUGUAUAAAGAACUGUUUCUUGAACAGCGGCUAUAUAUUUUAAAAAAUGUUAUAAAACAACCAACUGGCGAAUGUUUGGAGAGAAAAUGUUGAUGAACUUUCGAACGAAAACAAAGUCCAAUUUAUAUAAAGGGACAGUUUUCGAAACACGACUGAAAAUGCUGCUUCUCCCGGUUCUUCUGCUUGGCCUGUUUUCAACAAGUUCUGCUUGCGACGAUUCAGAAGACUUCGUGAAAGCUCACAUCCAAACGUCAGAUUCGUACUUAAAAAUUUUUCAGCGAACAGUAUUCUUAACUUUUUUUAAUGUUUUUAAUUUCCAUUCUUUUUAAUAAUUUUUUUCAAUAUUCUUAAUAAUGUUAUAAUAAUCUUUAUAAUAAAAAAAGGUAAUAAUAAUAUUUUUUUCAGAAAAAAAUAGACAAAACUGUUGACCCAUGCUUCGAUUUCUACACUCACGUCUGCCCUGUCAAAUUUUCUGAUAGAGAAUCAGUCAAUGGGAAGCUCGAACAACUCUAUCAGAACAAAAUUAAAGAAAUUCACACGAAGCACGACGAAUUUCAGGUUGAGUUGAAAGAUUUUCUGAUAACAAGAACGUAUUUUAGAAACAGCUGGCGACUUAUGUGUUCAAUGUUCGUAAGACUGUGGACGAUCUCCUCGAAGCGUCAGUUUUAUGAAUUUUUAGAAGAUAGUUUUGUUUUAAAACUGGUUUUUGACCAACAAAUUCAUUGGGAAAAAUUGUCUUGAAUUGAAUGAAAUAUACAGUACCGCCAGGAAAGAUAUUGACUUUCCGAAUAGCUUCUAAAGCUGCGAUUUUUUCUGUGAGCUGAAACUUCAUCAUAGGGCCAAAAAUAACAGCCACCACAACUGCAGAAAAUUUCAGACAAAUUGAAUUCCUCACAAGAAAGUUGUGACCGAAAAUCCGUUUUUUUUGUAUCUUUCUGAACGGUACGGUGAAAUAGCUUUUCAUUAUAAAUGUAAUUCAAGAUGUGACGCUAACAAAACUCAAGCCAUUCGAUUCGUCAACGCAACUACGGGCUUACAAUUCUUCGAAAUGGUACCUUGUGAAAUGAUCAGCUACGCCUUUGGAGUCAAUGCUUCUUUGACCGAACCUCAGGAACUUGUGGGAGAAUAUAACUUUUCUCGGAAAGAAAGAUUUUUCAGUACGGUUAUUUUCUGAACGUUUUGCUCUCAGGCCCACGUGAGAUUGAAUUUUCCAAGUCUAAAUUGGGACAGACAUUGGAUAAAAAAGAAGCGGAUUUUUUCGAGAGCUUCAGAGAAGAAGUCCGCAACAAGUUUUUGGUCCGUUAUUUUCUUUUACAUCAUCUCAUUCAUGUUUCUUCCAGGAAACACCGUGGUUGAAGUUCAGAAACGGAACAGAGCUGUACUUGGAACAUCUGGAAAGUAAUUUAUCACUAUUUCGAAGAGACCCAGAAAUGUUACAUGCGUGGGAAGUAAUUUUCGACGGGUUGAAGAAUCAUUCGUUGAACUGCAAGUGAGGAAUUUCAUUAAAAAUUCCAAUCUUCUAUUAAUAAUUGGGAAAAUGUUUAGGCCUAACAGUACCCUCCCAUCUUUCGUUUGUGCGAUCGAAGAAGUGGUAAGGUUGAUAAAUGAGAAAGCAAGGCCGCUUUUGGAAUUUUUGAUGUUUGAGACAGUUUUCAACGCCAUGAAUACUAUGGUAAGGGCUAAAGAUAUGAUAAUAUCAGUAUUUUCAGUGAGAACCAUCUAACUUACUAGUUAGUAAAGAAGUUAUUUUUUCUUAUUGUAGCGCGGGCCAAUAUUCAUGAUGCGACCAGUUCAAUUUUUGACUCUGACGGAUAACAUGGCGCGACUGGUACGUUUAUUCUUCCGGAACACUUCGAAUAUAUUCAUUUGCAGUAUGGUAGUUAUGGAUUUGUUGUGGGCCAUGAAAUUAUGCACACCUUCUACUCUUCGAAUAAAGAUCAAGAUGUCCUGAAAGAACACUUCACGAACUCCUCUCAGUGCGUUCAGAAACAGUACGAGAAAACUUGCAAAGAGUUUGAGGUAUGGUUUAUUGCCUGACCUGACUAAGGAUAGUUUUUAAAACUCUUUGCAAAUUUUAAAGCUUCAUAACUCGAAAAACAAGAUCGAUUGCGAGAAAUUCAUCCUUUUCUGGGAUCUGAAGCUUUUAUAUCUUACUUCAGCGAAGUUUCAUGAAAAGUUCAACCGGGCAACUUUAAAACGUUUCCCAGUGAGACGUAGUGCGAAAACAGCUCCAGAAUUUUCAUCAUUCAGAUCUGCGGCGAGGAAAACCUCAAAUGUUAACCAGAAUAUGUAUCAAGGGAAAAUGUUGUAAAUUUCAAUAUUCGCAACUUUUAAGUUAACAGAAAACCAAGACGUAAAACUUCAAAAAGUAGCUUGGCGGAUUUUUCCCGGUAUGGAAAAAUUUCCAGUCUUACAAGUUAUUCUUCGGCUUGAAGACGUUGUCCACCACAAAUGGUAAGACAUCCAUGUUGAUACUUUGAAAGUUUUCACUUGGUACAUCAAAGAGUGUUAAAUUCGAGAUUCUAGAGGCUAUAAAUAGCCUCUUUUCAUAGAAUCCUCAAUCAAAAUAAAUGAUAGAUGGGUUUUAAUAGAUUUUCUUUGUAACAUGUAGUACGUGUGACAACUAUACUUUAUCGUAGACGUCCUGUAAGGUCACGGGAACAAACUUCACAAACGAAGAAGAUGGAAGCGAUUUGGCUGCGAUUCGAGUAGUUUACUCAGACUUCCAAAAAAAUCACCUCCACAAAGAAGUUUGACACAUUUCUUUCUAUCAUUAAAUUUAUUCACCCGGAUAUUUUUUCCAGAAGAGUGAUAUUGACGGCGUGACGUCGGAACAAAUGUUUUUCUACGCUCUGGCGUCUAUUUGGUGCGAAGAAGUGAGUUGAAUCGAAUAAGUUUCUCGAUUAGAACUUGGAACUUGAGAAAAAUAAUAUAUUAAUCGACAAAAAACAUUCUACUCCGUAUAUUAGAGUGAACGCAUUGGUGUCCCAAAUGAACGAAUUCAAAGAGGCUUUCCAAUGCGCUGAAGAUUCUCGAAUGACUGCAAGCAAGGUUUCCUUGAAAUUUUUGCUGGUAAAGGAAAAAAAAACCUUCAGGUGGAACACUGUGCCAUCUUCGGUUCUGACGCUCCGCAAACCCGGAAGACUAAUAACAAAACUGCGCCAUCUACAAAAGAAAUUUGA